AUGUUGAAGUUUAAUUUUAUAAUCUGCUUAAUUUUCUGUCACAUGUCCUUUAGCUUGGCCAUAAAGGUGCAUUGCCGUCAUGUGGAACGUAUACACGAGGAUCAUAUACACCUCUGCUGCAAACAUCCAGAUGGCCACAACGAUGUCUCCGAAAUGUGUGCCAAGAAGACGAAUUUCAAGUACUUGCCAUCGGCCAGUGAGGAAGCUCUCGAAGAUGUCACCGUCGAUCAGGUGAUGUUGGGUGCCUGUUGGGCGAAAUGUGUCUUCGAUCAUUAUGGCUUCUUGAAGAAGGACGAUGAAACACUCAAUAUGAUGGCCGUUCACACGCAUUAUAAAAUGUAUCAUAAAACAGAUCCGGAAUAUGAGACCGAAAUGUUGGCUGCCUUUGAUAGAUGUCACUCGCAAAGUGAAGAAGCUAUGACAAAAUUUCUGUCCAUGACCUUUGUAAAAGCUCUUUCGGAUUCAAAUUAUUGCAAGCCAGCUUCUAGUGUGAUAUUAUCCUGUGUGAUAUACCAUUUCUUUCACAGUUGUCCCAAAAAUCGUUGGUCCAACUCAACCGAAUGUACCGAGACACUGGCAUUUGCCAAAAAAUGCAAAGAUGUUUUAACCACGAUGUAAA